UAGUGCAUUACAACUACUUUGAGAGCAAUGAUUUCUAUGGUUUUGUUUUCCCCUCAUCUAGCUCCUGUGGUAUAAUUCAUUCUCUCGCCACUUUCAAGGAAGUGAAGUUGUGAAGUGCAACAUUUUGGUAUUAAAACUCCCUCCCUCUCCAUUCCUCUCCUUAUACUCCUUGAAACACACCAUCAAACAUACAGAAACUUCUGGGCCUGAGACCCAAGUUUGGGAAAAGAAAUUCUUUUAUUGCCAUGUCUAAUAGUGCUUUGAUAUUAGCACACAAGGAAUACUUGACUUGAUUAAGUGACUUCCCACAUUUUGCCAAGGCACAACAUAACCUAAUCCAAGAAAUGUCAAGCUGCCCAAAAUGUUGAUUAUCCCUUUAAAGGAAGGUUCAUGGCUUUUGAAGCGUCAGAGUUCUUUUCUGAAUGUCCUUAGAUUCUAGCGUUCAGUUGGGAAGAAGGCUCUGGAAGAAGCUAUGCAAAACUCAGUCAGAUCUAACGAGAGCCACCCAGCCUCAAGACCUCAAGAAACUAAUAAAAACAGGUAGUGGGGGGAAUCAACAGAAAUCGUAAUGGGGGUGGGGGUGUUCAGGGACAAUGCUGUGAUCUCAGUUUACCCAAGUUGAUACAUCAGAAAAAAAAAGCUGUUUAUAGUUGCCUUAGAAAAGUUAAACAUUUGAUUCCUGUGUCGUUGAGGGUAGUAUGUAUUCGGCAUGAGGGUAUUUUUGAUUUGAACUUUGCUGAUGCCUGCUGUGGUGGCCCACACAGUCGGGGAGAAAACUAGACUGAAGGCUACUCUUGCCCUCACACAGGGUUCCCAUGGGAAGGGUGAGCACCUGGGUGAGGGGAGUCAGCAUGUUGCAACAGGCCGAGGUCAUCCGUGGCUGCCGCACCGCUCCGAGCAUCCCUGCUAGCAGAGGACACACCUUGCAUCUCCUGGGACCAGGCCCAACAAGCAUCCUUCCCCUUCCAUCUUAAGCCGCGUCUCCCUAGCAACGGAUUUAGGAAGAAGUGCCUAUAGGUGGAGUCACGUGCUCCUAGGACUUCCGGGUUCUAGCCGUGACUUCCGGUUGUCAGUCUCCAGACGCGCAGCGGCGGGGACGCGGUGGAGGCCCGGGCUCCGUGGGCCGGCCUCUCUCGUCCUCGUCCGCCCGUCCGAGAUGCAUCCGCGGCGUCCUGAGGGCUUUGACGGCCUGGGCUACCGGGGAGGCGUGCGGGACGAUCCGGCUUUCGGCGGCCCCUUCCAUGCUCGCGCCUUCGGUUCAGGGACGGAACUGGGCCACUGGGUGACAACACCCCCGGACAUCCCGGGCAGCCGCAACCUACACUGGGGAGAGAAGAGCCCGUCCUACGGCGUGCCGUCCGCGCCCCCGACGCUCGAGGGCCCCGCGGAGGAGCCCUUUCCCGGCGGCGGCGGCGGCGACGGCCCGCGGCCGGGACCGAGCAGCGAACAGUUGAAUAGAUUUGCUGGAUUUGGUAUUGGACUUGCAAGUCUCUUUACAGAAAAUGUUCUGGCCCACCCUUGCAUUGUUUUACGCCGCCAAUGUCAGGUCAAUUACCAUGCUCGGCAUUACCAUCUCACUCCAUUUUCAAUUAUCAACAUUAUGUAUAGCUUCAACAAAACUCAGGGACCACGAGCCCUGUGGAAAGGAAUGGGAAGCACAUUUAUUGUUCAGGGAGUCACACUUGGAGCAGAAGGCAUAAUUAGUGAAUUUACACCUUUACCGAGGGAGGUUUCACACAAAUGGAACCCUAAACAAAUAGGUGAACACCUUCUCCUGAAAUGCCUAACAUACAUGGUGGCCAUGCCUUUUUAUUCAGCAAGUCUGAUUGAAACAGUACAGAGUGAGAUAAUUCGAGAUAAUACUGGCAUCCUGGAAUGUGUUAAAGAAGGAAUUGGACGAGUGAUAGGCUUGGGAGUGCCUCACAGCAAGCGCCUUCUUCCACUGUUUUCACUGAUCUUCCCAACAGUGCUGCAUGGAGUUCUUCAUUAUGUCAUCAGCUCCAUCAUUCAGAAGAUUGUCCUUCUGAUUCUGAAGAGAAAGACCUAUAAUAGCCACCUAGCUGAGAGUACUAGCCCCAUGCAGAAUAUGUUGGAUGCUUAUUUUCCAGAACUUAUUGCUAACUUUGCUGCCAGCCUUUGCUCUGACGUUAUACUUUACCCAUUGGAAACAGUUCUGCAUCGUCUUCAUAUUCAAGGAACACGCACAAUAAUUGACAAUACAGACCUUGGCUAUGAAGUACUUCCAAUUAAUACGCAGUAUGAGGGAAUGAGAGACUGUAUAAAUACCAUCAAGCAGGAGGAAGGAGUGUUUGGUUUUUAUAAAGGGUUUGGUGCUGUUAUAAUACAGUAUACACUGCAUGCAACCAUCUUACAGAUUACCAAAAUUAUUUACUCCACACUUCUUCAGAAUAGCAUUUGAGAUUUAGGUUCUGUGAUUGGCUGAUCCAACAAAUGUGGUCUGGAUAAUUUGCUAUGACAUUUCACGUAAUAAAAGUAAAAUACUGCGUGGAAAGAAAUAGGCUGGGAAUUAAGAUUGCUGGAAAAGCACAUGCUGAUUAUUCUGACUUCUUAUUUUUCUUAAGGCAUAGAUACAUACAUAUAUAUAUAAUACUUGAUCAAACCUUUCCAAAAUUAAAAACUCAAUAAAGGUAAUACUUUAAAUUUAAAAUGUAAAGUUACAUUUUAGUAUAAUGCUCAUGCCGAAGUAAAAUUUAUCCCGGGUGGAAACAAAAAUGUAUCAAGUAUAAAAUGAAAUUGCAAUGACUUGAAUCUAUUUUACUGACCUUAAUAUUUGUUAUAUAUUUGUUUAACUUGGAUUCAGGUCAGUGUGUUAAUUCUUAAAGCAGUGGAUAGUAUUGGGAUUUUACCUUUAAGCAAAUAGAUUAUGUCAUCAUUGAAAAAAAAAAACUAAUGAUUAGGUUUGGCAUUGUAUAAGCAGUGGUUGAAGGGUUUUAAAUUGUAUUUAACCAUUUUAAUUGCUGUAUAUAUUUAUUAUAUGGAGCCAUUUGUGUGUGUGUGUGUGUGUGUGUGUGUGUAUGUGUGUAUAUGUAUAUGUGUGUGCGUGUGUAUACAUGUAACUUGGGAUUUCCUUCACCCCUGCAAGUUUUCAUAGACCAGCUUCAUGCAUCAAAUGAAGGUAGACACUUUCUGCUUGAACAUCAAGAACAACACAUCAAAAUGCCAGAAAAUAGCUUUCUUGUCUGCAUCACAUCCAGCCUUGCAGUGUCAGAAACUUGAUAUUUGUCAUAUGCUUGUGACGUUUGGAUCAUCAGAUGAUUUUUAGAGCUACUUUUAAAGAUACCUAACAAUCAUGGCAGCCAUUACCGUUUUCACACUUACCUUAAGGAGCCUCACUUGUCUUUCAUUUCUAAAAGAACUUAUCUUGGAGGGAACAAAAUUAAAGUUCUCCUGGGAAUUUGUGCCUCUUGCUCACCAUAAAUAAUCACUGCAAUCUUUAUUUUUUUUCUUUCCUUUUUUUUGUGUGCGUGCGUGUGUGUAUGUAAAGUCUUAUUCUCCAAAUAAGCUACCAAGAAGAUAAAAAUGAGACAUUUUUAUUCAAAUUUGCUUGGAUAAGUACUGAAUUGAAAUACAAACCUCAUAGGAAAUUUGCCCUUAUGGUUUAUGAAGGAGGAGGAAGAGUCAGUCACUAUAUUUCAACAAAGGAAACUUGUUAAUCAGUUUAAUAAAGUUGGUGUGUUCCCAUGGUGGAUUAGACUUUGUAAUAAAGUGAUGUAGAGCUCACUGAUCCACUCAUGCAGCAUUUAGCAUUUCAUUUCCUCAUGGGUAUGCUCCAGUUUACAAGCACUGAAGUGCAGUGCCUGCAGGUGUCUCCCAACCUAGAAUGCAUGCAGACUAACACUGAUGUUAAUGUUAAACGUUGCAGAGUGUUUGUACCACGACUGGUAAGAGUGGGAGCUUUACACGGUCAUGAAAAAGCAUGAAGUAAUGUGUCAGUAGCAGCUGUCCCUACCAGUCUGUGUCUCUGAAGUAAUGCUGUCAACUCUUCAAUUCCUCAAAAGGGAAAAUAAAUGCUGUUGAUCACAUUUUGCAUUUUA